UGCCGAUAGCAGGGCUGCUACGUCAAUCCCCUUCACAGAUAUGUCUAUUUUAUUUCGGCGAGAGAGCUUGGUAGGGAGGAUGAUGAUGCAGAUUUUCUCUGUGCUACUGUCUUAUUGAAAACGCACACAGUGGGAAAGGCUAGACCUACAUGACCUAUAUCAUUUCGCGCACCCUUCUACCGUAUGCAUUGAAGAAGAAAACGUUAAAAAGUUCACGCGUGAGGGUUCACAGGGACACCCGGCGACAUAUUCGGCGACACAUUCAUUCAUUCAUUCAAAUCGGCGACACUCGCAGGGAUAAAGCAUGGCUGCCGCCACUCAGCAAGCAGCACCAUCGAACACUAUCCCGACCGCUAACGCACCUGCAGCGCAGGAAGCUGCUGCGCCCCAAGCUCCGGACUGGACUCAACAACUCCCCAUGGAACAGGAAAAGAAGAAGAAGAAGAAGAAGCAGCGGAUUAUUGUGCAAGACCUGUCAGACGAUGAGGACAUUCCAAGUGACGAGAUUAUUUACGACAAAUCUUAUUCCAAGAAGUCUAAAAAGAAGCGAAAGAGGAGGAUCAUUGUAGAUUCGUCCGACAGCGACUAUGAACUGGAUGACAUAGCAGUCGGCCAAGUCGACGAUCAGCGCCGGGGCAAGUCCAAGAAGGAGGACACGAGGAAUAAAAAGACGGCACUCAAUACGUACAUUAAUAUUUAUUCCAGCGCUGGCGGAAAUACAGUAGGUGUAUCGAAUGAGGCGCCUCCACCGCCUACGGUCGUCGUUCCGAAGACGAACGUUCCGGAACAGCCGGUCGCACCUAGUUACCCCGUACGUAUCAUCACUUCAGCUGAUGGAAGCCUCCCAGACAGAAGAGGAAGUGCUGCUAGAGGGCAGGAUGUGUUAGUUAUACCUAUUCCGAAGCAUUUGCAAUGGAAACUUCGUAAGCUAAAUAUGCUGGCAAGUCAGGUACAGUCCAUGCCACUUGGAGGCGUUCAGGGUUUGUUUCCAGUACCAGAGGACGUAGUGGUUGAGCCUCAGCAGCUGGGCCAGAGGAAUAGCGUGCAGAUAGGGAGACCAGCAUCUCCCGCUACUGGAACAGUCAGACAGCCUCGGACAUCACUGCAGAGUCACCCGAGUUUCGUGUCAGAGAAGCAAACGCCACAGCAAAUGGACGUCCGCGUAGCUGGCGUAGACCAGGCCGUACAAGCAUCGCUAAUAGGAGACCAAGCAGGUGCGCAGAAAGCAUAUCAGCUUGGCAACCGGGAAGGAAAGCCCCCUGUGACGGGAAUCCAACAGCAACGGCCCGCAGUCCCAGGAGGGCCAGAGGCCAACGCAUCGAGGAACGUCUUGCCGGUCGCCUUAUUGUCCAUGCUCUUUCUCGUCGCGGUCUUCCUGGCCGUGGUUGCAUACCAGACACGCUUGGGAGAUAAGAUGGCCCGCUUCGGCAACAGGACAGCGCUUAGCAGCGGUCAUCCUAUGGGGCGUGCAUCAGUAAGGUCCGGCGCGGAAGAUCCUUAUUGGGACGUCGAUAACUGAGCAUGGUUUUGGAGGACAUCCGCAUGUCUGAAUACGUGCAGAGUGCUAAUACCGAGCAAGACAGCAAUAUGAAUUCCUUAUGAAAAUCAACAUCUAUUUUCCACGAAAACAUACGCAUGUCUAGUGUAUCAUUUCAACGAGAAAACAGUUGUAUUAUAUUAAGCAGAAGAAGCCGCUGCACAAUUUCUGCAUUGAAAUCCAGAGUCGA